AUGUUUCAGACAACCGCCCAGAUACAGCACACAUCGCCUAUCUCCUCGACUGCUGCAGCCCCAAAAGCCAUAGAGAUGCUCCACGACCAUGUUUUCUUCUUGAAUUGUAAUCCUUAUAUGUCCAAAUUCGAAGCUACGGCCACUCUGGACCCUACCCCAUCGGUUCCUGACACACUUGAGAUUAAGCCUAUCGCAGCACCAGAGUGUUACUCAGUCACAGACCGAAUUCACACCUUACCAGCAGGGCUUUGGGACUCCGAUGUGAUUAGUUCAUAUGAGUUUUUCGACCUGGAAAGCGGUGUGUUUGUGAGAACGCGUGGGCCAAUGGGUCUGGUACUUGAGACUGUUUGGAAGAUUAAAGAAUCUGAGGAUGGAAACCUGGAAAUCGUAGAGCAGGUCUCCAUUACAUGCUCUAGGCUCAUCAUGGGUAUGAUCAAAAGCUCAUGUGAGGCUGGAUGGAAAGGGGUUCAUGGAAAGAUGCUUGAGAGAAUAGAAGAGUCAUCAUAA